AUGGCUUUGCGUCGGUACCACUGUCUUGAAAAACGUCUAUCUAAAGACCCAGAGCUGGCACAGGUUCUCGAACAAAAAAUCACAGACUACAUAAACAAAGGAUACAUACGGAAGCUUUCCCAAAAGGAAAUUGAUCAGCACUCCGCCCGCACUUGGUAUCUGCCCAUAUUUGCGGUGACGAAUAUAAAUAAACCGGGAAAGGUAAGAUUGGUGUGGGAUGCGGCAGCUACCGCCUUCGGCAAGUCACUCAAUUCUGCUUUGCUCAAGGGUCCAGAUCAAACGUGCUCUCUAUUUGCAAUUUUGCUCAGAUUUAGAGAAGGACGCAUCGGACUAACCGGGGAUAUACGAGAGAUGUUCCACCAGGUGCUAAUCAGGGAAGCAGAUCAAACUAGCCAGCGAUUCUUCUGGAAAGAAAGUACAGGUGAGAUAGGGGUUUACGCUAUGCGGGUCAUGACCUUUGGUGCGUGCUGCUCCCCCAGUAGUGCGCAGUUCGUUAAAAACAUGAACGCAGAACGGUUCAGAGAACGAUCUCCGGCGGCAUAUGAAGCUAUAACGAAGUCCCAUUACGUCGACGACAUCUUCAUCAGCGUAGAUUCCGAAGAAGAAGCUAUUCAACUAGCAAAUGAAGUAAAAAACGUUCAUGCAGCAGGAGGAUUUGAGAUCAGAAAUUGGAUAAGCAAUUCUACUCAAGUUCUUGCAACACUCAACGAAUCAACCACUGAAGAGAAAUGCCUUGAUCUAGCAUCCGAAAUGUCAACUGAGAAAGUAUUGGGAAUGUGGUGGAACACAGCAUCCGAUGUGUUCACGUAUAAGGUAGGAUGGGAUCGAUACGACAGCGCUUUGCUACUAGGUCAGCGAUUCCCUACGAAACGGGAAGUUCUUCAAGUACUGAUGACAAUAUAUGAUCCCAUCGGCUUGAUUGCUCAUUUUCUCGCAUUUUUGAAAGUCAUCCUUCAAGAAAUCUGGCGAUCUGGUACUCUAUGGGAUGAAACCAUCAACGAGGAAGCGUUCUGCAAAUGGCGUCUUUGGUUGAAAGUUCUCCCACAGGUAGAAAAUGUUAAGAUACCCCGAUGCUACCGAGAUAAAAUAGCUCUAGAUGAAGCAAAUGAAAUUCAGUUGCACACAUUUGUUGAUGCCAGCGAAAAUGCAAUGGCAGCCCUUGUCAUGCUAAGAAUCAUCGAAGCGAGGGAAAUCGAAUGCUCCUUAGCUACCGCCAAAACACGAGUAGCUCCGAUAAAAUUCACGUCCAUUCCCAGGUUGGAGCUUGAAGCUGCAAUGAUCGGAGCAAGAUUAGCUCGAACAGUCAGUGAUUCACUGUCUCUACAACCUACAGCGAAGUAUUACUGGUCUGAUUCGCGCGACGUGCUUUGUUGGCUAAAUUCGGAUCACCGGAGAUAUACUCAGUUCGUUGCCUACCGUGUCAGUGAAAUACUCGAGUCAACGGAAGCAAGUGAGUGGCGAUGGAUACCUAGCAAGCAGAAUGUCGCGGACGAUGCCACAAAAUGGGAUUUAUUACCGAAUUUAUCUCCAGAUGGCCGCUGGUUCAAAGGGCCUGAUUUCCUCUGGCAAGAGGAAAAUCUAUGGCCGCAACAAUUAAAGCAGAAAUGUUCGACCGUCAACGAACUUCGUCCCUCAUUUGUAGCAGUGCAUCAAACGCUAGAACCAGUCAUCUGUGUUGAAAACUACUCCAGCUGGUGCAAACUAGUCAGAAUUGUCGCUUACGUCCAACGUUUCUUGAAAAAUUUCCAACUUAAGCACUUAACCAAGUCGCCAAUAAUGAAAGAAUCUUUGUCCAGUGAUGAGCUUUGCAUAGCAGAAAAUUACCUAUUGAGCCAAGCUCAGCGGGCAGGAUAUUUGGAUGAGUUCGCUAUUCUCCAACGGGUCAAACGUAAUCCGUGCUCGACAGAGACAAUUCCAAGUACCAGCUCCCUCUAUCAACUUGCACCAUGGAUGGAUAACCAUGGAGUUAUGCGAAUGAAAACACGUAUUGGUGCCUGUCAACAUGCUACUGACAACGCAAAGAACCCCAUCAUUCUUCCUCGAUACCAUUACACCACCACCCUUAUUAUAAAAUAUUAUCAUGAAAAAUACCACCACUUAAAUCAAGAAACUGUUGUGAAUGAAAUCCGACAGAAGUAUAGAAUUCCACGUCUGCGAGUAUGUCUUGCUCAAGUAAGGAAAUCAUGCCAGCGCUGCAAGAACGACCGGGCUAUCCCACAGCCUCCGAUCAUGGCCGACCUCCCGCCGGCACGUCUAGCCGCAUUUACACGUCCAUUUACAUAUGUAGGCGUGGAUUAUUUUGGUCCAAUUGAAACUGUAGUAGGUCGACGAGUAGAGAAGCGCUGGGGAAUGCUGGUGACCUGUUUGACAAUACGCGCAGUACACAUCGAAGUUGUUAACUCACUAACUACGAGCUCUUGCAUCAUGGCACUUCGCAACUUUAUUGCACGUAGGGGCACACCGCGAAAAAUUUACAGCGAUCGCGGGACGAACUUCAUCGGCACAAAUCGAGAAUUAAAGACAGUAGAGAAGACGCUAGGUCAUGAAGAGCUAAUGAAGGAGUUCGUCAGUGCAGAGCUAGAAUGGAUAUUCAACCCCCCAAUGUCCCCCCACAUGGGUGGUAGUUGGGAACGACUUAUACGUACAGUAAAAACCAACUUGUUAGCCGUGUGUUCAAUGAAAAAACUGUCAGAUGAAGUCCUACGAAAUCUAGUAACAGAAAUCGAAAACACUGUAAAUUCCUGUCCGCUAACGCAUGUACCAAUUGACCAUUACUCCGCCCCCGCUCUAACACCAAACCAUUUUCUGCUGGGAUCUUCCGAUGGCUGCAAACCGCUCAGUGUGUGCGACGAUACUGGGAACGCCUUAGCCCAGAAUUGGAGUACGUCGCAAAUCCUGGCCAAUAGAUAUUGGCGCCGCUGGGUUACGGAUUACCUCCCAGAAAUUACUCGUCGAACUAAGUGGCACCAGACCACAAAACCAAUAUCUGUAGACGAUGUUGCAAUUAUUGUGGAUCCUAAGCUGCCCCGAAACUGCUGGCCGAAGGGGAGAAUAAUCAGUGUCCGUAUUGGGAAGGAUAGGCAAAUCCGUUCCGCCACCCUGCAAACUGCUUCAGGAGUCUACGAAAGGCCGACGGCGAAGCUGGCGAUUCUUGAUGUUCGGUGCGAUUAG